UCCGAUGAUCACUGUUGAAGAACAGCUGAUUUUUGAUCGAUGAUUUAUUGAUUUUUUUGUGAUGCAUGUGUCUUAUUGAUGCAGAAGGGGUUUGCUACACGUGAUCAUGCACUCGUGCGUUUAAUCAGGAUUAUAUUUUAGGGCCAGUAAGACAAAAACCGGCAAUUUAACAUCGUGCACGCAUGUUUUGUUUUGUUGCUUUGCAUAUUUAGGGCCAAGAUCCUCACAGGUAUUAAACAGAUUUGAUGGUUUCAUAGUACAUCCUUAGACUGCUGUGUAAUCUCAUACCAUGCCACAACUAGAUCAUGCCCAUAAUGGAAUUGAACAGUCUUCCAGUCAAGAGACUUCCACCAGUCUGCAUCAAGCAGCUAUAGAGACACUCGAUCAAGACCACCACCAUGAUCACUCCGGAACGGAGCCUCAGUCUGACAUAGAUGAAUCUGUUUCUGUACGAGAAAAAUUAACGCCACCUAGUGAGCAAAAAGUGACAGUGACAGGGACCAUAAAGAGAGGUCCUAAAGCUGGUCAGUCAGUGGAGGUGGAGCUGCGACUCUCCAAAGACGAGUUACAGAAACUGGGUCACGAGGACGAGGAGUCUGUCUACGGCCCAGGGGAGUGUACCCUUUGUGGGUUAAAAAAAGGAAUCCAUGUUUUCCUAUUCACUGUGAUAGUUACCCCAUUUGCUUUCUUUGGCUCACUAGGUUUGUCCUUCUACCUUGGGGCGCAGACAUGGUACAACAUCUUUAUUUAUUUCAGUGAAGAGAGGACAAUCUGGCACAAAGUCUUCCUCUGUCCACUCUUAAUACUGACCUUCCCACUGACCGUGGGGCUGAGUGCACUGGGGAUCGCCCUCUAUGCUGCACUGAUCCAGAUAUCGUGGUGGUUCAAGAGCUGGUUGAAGGAGAUGCGAGACCUGGAGAAGGGGUUCUUUGGCUGGUUCUGUGCCAAGGUUGAUCUGAUGGAGUGCUCACCUUAUGAGGUUGUCGUCCUGGAUGACAUCCCUGCCAUCACCAGCGAGCUUCCAGGGACAUCAGUUUGAUAUAAACUGAAAUAUGAUUGGUCUCAUGAAUACCUUUCAAGGAUUGGUUAAUUGUUGUUCUUGAUACAUGUAUGAAAAACUUUUUUGGAUUUACCUUUGGUCAUUUUGAUGUCUUUCGUAUAGUGCCUAGAAGAUGUAGACUGUACUUAGAAAUGCUUUUUUAUAAACCUAUUUAAACAUGAAUUGCUGCUUAUUACUUUAUUUGUACAUAUUAAGUGUCUUUUAAAGCAUCUGCAUGUUGGUAGUGCAGAUAAUUCAAGGUAACAUGAACAUUUUCUACAAAGUUUUUAAAUGGUAACUAAGAUAUAUCAAGAUGUUCAUUAAACAUCCUUUUAAUGUUGAUUAUAUCCCUGAUUCCUUAUUUAGAUUAUUUAAAUAACAGCAGCUGUGUUUUUUUUUUUUUCUGUCAGUUGCUGUUUCAGUUUUUUGCUAAACUCCAGAACCACCCCUUUCUUUAGAGGGUGAGACAGCAUUUUGCACCACUCCUCUUCCUCGGAGUAUAAGGCAGUAUUUUGUACCACCCUCUUCCUCAGAGGAUCAGGCAGUAUUUUGGACCUUACCUCCAAAGAUCAGACAGCAUUUUGAACCACUCCCCUUCCUCAGAGGAUAUGGCAGUAUUUUGUACUAACCCCUUUCUCAAAGAGUGGAGAAGUAUUUUGUUAAAAUAUGUACAAGUUUUUUACAUUGAAAAAUUCUCCAAAUAUCAUACCAGGUACAAUCUGUGUGGAAGGGACCAGGUCUAUUUUUUGGUAUUUUUCUGUUAUAUAAUAAAUAUUUACUGAUAAUACUUAUUGAGAAAGAAACUUAAUAUUGAUAAUUUAGGAUGAGAAUAAUAGAUUGCUGUCAAAAUAUCUGUUAACUCUAUUUUAAAUUGACACAAAAUUUAUAUACAUAAGGUGAUGGUGUGUCUUAUUAUUAGUAUUAUGUGCCAUUUCUAUACUACUGCAAGUACUUUAAAAGAUGUAUAUGUAUAUAAAUCUGCACUGUCUACAAUAAGAAAUCCAUCUUAUAUGCCAAUUAUUUCAGUCAAAAUCCAUAUGUGCAUUUAUAAGGGCCUAAGAUCAGUUCAAAGUUUUACAGAGUUUUUAUUAUCAAAUAGUUUUCCCUUUCUCUACUAGGGUAAAAGUUUCAAAUAGACUUCUCAAUGAUAAAAAGUUUAUCUCUUCAGAAUGGUAAAUUUAUUCAUUUACCAUGGAAAGAUCUGAAUUUGUCGUUUCAACUAUAGCAUAAACACUACACACUCUUCUGACGUGUGCCAUCAGUUGUGGAAUAGGCCAUUUCAGAUAUUCCAGACCGCUGAAUGUUUUCUCAUUGCCUGUCACAGCAGAAAUACACAGAAAUGUGAUACCUUAUUUUUUCUCUUCUCUCAUUGAACUCAUCGAUAAGGACCAUGUCAGUAUUAUGAAAGAUGUUUGGCAUAUUUGAAGUGGUCUAUAACGUGUUAAGUUCAAGGCAUAUUUUCAGUAUUUAUUGAAAAUCACAUUAUUAUAAAAUUUUAUUUACACUAACAAAGAGAGUUUACACAUUCUCAGUCAGUGAAUUUUUUAAUUAAGGAAGACCCAUGAUAAAGAUUUUUUUCUUAUCAACUACUGCUUUAAAUAUAAUGUAUUUAUACCACUUGUCUUUCAUAAAACGAAAAUGAUACAGAAUCUGGUGUUUGUUUUG